AUGUUAGUUGAUUCUUGUCCUAUCCUAUCCAAGUGGAGAAGAUACAGCCCCGAUAUCCAAACCUGCAAUGUCCAUGAUGUCUCCGGCGGCUUGUUCGAUGGAUUGACAAAACUCAUUGAAUCAAAGACCAAAAUCAAUAUCCCUCCCCGUUAUUUACGCAAUCUUCCAGAUGAAGAAUUGAGCAAGAAAUAUGGAGAAAUUGGACAAAAGACUAAAGAAAAAGCCGAGGAAAUGUUGGAGGCGAUGGACUACUUAGAAAAAUACGGAUUCUUAAACUCUUCCACUUCGCCUUCAGAUCUGGUGGACGAAUCUUCAAUAAUCAAAUUUCAGAAAUUUUUUAAUCUCAAAAAUACAGGUAUGCUUGAUAGAAAUACAACUGAUACACUUACAAAGCCACGUUGUGGUGUUCCUGACAAUCUCAACGCCAAGUCCUUUAAACCAUGGUGGACGGGGAACCAAUUAACAUAUGCUUACCCCAAAGAUAACGUCCCAAACAACAUUAAGUCUUUGUUUCAAAACGCGUUUAACCGUUGGUCAAAAGUAACUGGGUUGAACUUUACAGAGACGAUGUCGUUUAAAAAUUCGAAUAUCAAAAUACUAGUUUUAGACUUAGACGGAAAGGGUAAAAUGGUUGGAGGCACUUAUCUAAACAAAGCUAAAAAUGUUGGGAUUAUGUAUUUUGAUAUAAACGAACAAUGGUCGAGUAAGAGUGAUAUUAAACAGGAUGAAGUUGAUUUUGAAUCAGUUGUGAUGCAUCAAAUUGGUCAUUUAUUAGGGUUGGAACAUUCUUCUGUGGAAGAGGCUAUUAUGUAUCCCAUUGUGUUGCCGAUACAGAAGAUUGAAUUGGUGAAUGAUGAUGAUUUGCAGAAGAUUCAACAAAUAUAUGGUGUCCAAAAUGAUAAAUCAGAUUCAAAUGCCAAAACUGAUGCUUCAAAUUCAACUGUCAAAAAAGAUGCAUCUGAUUCAAGUUGGCCAGUGGUCUUUUGGCCUUUAGGCUUCUCUGGGUUUGUUGUAUGUUUCUUUGGGCUACUGUGA